GGCAAUUUAUGACAAUUUGGAAUCAUCUUUUGUGUCGUCCGAUAAUGAGUUUCGUUCAUCAAAAAUGCAGAAAUAUCGAUACGGUUUACCUUGGUAGUAACAUUCACCGACUAAAUGUGCCUGAUAAUCUUGUCAAAUGGAGCCAAGAAUGGUCAGGAUACAAUCCUCCGGCUCACACCGAUCCAAAAGUUGAUGGAGCUGUUUGGGCAGACCCAGAAAUCGAUGAGAAAACGUUCCAACCGUCUUGGAAUGCGAUCGAUGGGAAAAUCAAUAGAGUGUCAUAUGUUUGUCAGUACUCAUUUGAUCCUGUCACCCUUCGCCCACUAAAUCCUAUUGGACGUACGGGACUUUCUGGUCGUGGUUUGCUUGGUCGUUGGGGUCCAAACCACGCAGCAGAUCCGAUCGUUUCUAGAACAAACGACAAUGGUGAUUUGGAGUUUGUUGCAGUUCAACGUCAUGACAAUGGCGAGUGGGCAAUUCCUGGAGGAAUGGUGGAUGCUGGAGAGCAUGUUUCACAAACUCUACGGCGCGAAUUCGCAGAAGAAGCAAUGCAUGGAAUUGUCGAUUCUGAAAAUCUUGAUGAAUUGUGGAAUAAUGGUAAAGAGUUAUACAGAGGUUACGUUGAUGACCCACGUAACACUGAUAACGCAUGGAUGGAGACUGUUGUUUUCAAUUUUCAUGAUUCAAAAGGCCUUCUGAAAAAUGUGGCUCUUCAAGCAGGAGAUGAUGCUAAAGCUUUACGCUGGAUUGCAGUUAAUUCAAAUGAGCCACUUUACGCUUCUCAUUCUCAUUUUAUUGAUCUUCUAAAAGAAUCUCAUUCUCAUUAACUACCACAUGUCUCUCUUUUCUCAUGUUCUCCUCUUAUUUUCGCGUUUCUGUUAGCUAUAUUCAAUUCAUAAAUGAUUUUCAUUUCAG